AUGUCUAAACCAGGCUAUAAGGACCUGGGUAUCUCAAGUAAGGAGUAUGAGGAGGCAUUAUUGCUCGAAAGAUUGUUUAAGCUUGUAAAAAAGAACCCAUGCUCCACCUGUUUAUUAAAGAAACCAACUCACGUAGAUCUUGAUAGAUAUGAUUUGGUCUGUACCAAUUGUUCCAAAAGAUGUUCAUCUAAAAUUCAAAUCGGAAAAGGCGUGAUUUCGAUGGCAGACCUUGAAAGACUGGAAUCAAUAUACGAUAAAUCGAAGAAGAAGCAAGAUAGGCCAAAAAAACAGUCCCAUGUCGCAAGGAGCCCAUCAGUAUCUUCAGUACACUCCCACAACUACAAAAAGUACAAUAAAUAUACACAUUCCGACUCAGGAUCGGAGGCUAACCACCGCUCGAGGUCCAAAAGACGCUCGAAGAAGAGGGAAAGCUACAGGCACCUGCCUCACCAAGAGCACUACCCUGAUCUUUACGAGAAGUACCCUGUGCGCCCGAAUGCGCCCGAAGGAUACCCGAGAGCGUAUCCAGAUGAACGCUACACUCCACCAUUUAGGCCACACAGAGAAUGGAGCAGAAGAGAUACGAGAGAUUACGACACGAGAAGGGGGCACGAAAUGGGAAGAGAAGCGUAUCCGCAGCUCCCAGGCUACGGCUACUACGGCCAGCCGAGAUUCUCCGAAAGGUACGCGGAAGGGUACCAGCCGAACUACCAGCACCACGCCAUGAAGAGGAACCAAACGAUGUACGAUUACCCGACGCACAGAAGAGACGUACCGGGAAUGAUGGGAUUGAUGACGAAUAUCGGAUACCCGAACGGAAUGGUGGUGAGGAAUCAGCUGGCGCUGCCGGCACCGGACAAGGGCUACGCCAGGGAGAAAAACUCACGUUCGCUCGCCCUGACCAACGGAUUCCAGGCUUUCAGGUCUCUCCCCCCGCCGAAAACUGACUCGAACACCAGCAACAACCCCUUCUCGAAGUCGACUAUUGAGCAGGCGCCGAAGCCGUACGACUUCUCGCACAUGAGGGAGGCACUGAACCCGCCGAAGACGCUCGGAAGGUACCAGGAAUCGUACUACCCGAGGGAUUUUAACCUGAGUAAGCUGGGAAACCCAGGGUUCCCAGAUUCUAGUGCAAAUUACUACAAUCGUUACUAG